AUGGAUGAAAAUAUCACCAAACGAAUACACAUCUCAGGUUUGACUCCCGCCAUCACACAGCAAGACCUCUCCAGUCGGCUUUCCUCCUUCGGCACGGUCACAUCUAUGGAAGGCUUUGGUCUCCUGGACGCUGUCGGCCAACCGCGCAAGUUCGCAUAUGUCACGCUAGAAACAACGAAGGGGAAGCUGGCGCGAUGCAUGAACCUACUGAGCGGUGUCACUUGGAAGGGAGCGAAGCUACGGUUGGGUGACGCAAAGCCUGAUUUCAAGGAAAGGAUCCAGAAGGAGCUCGACGCGUUGAAGCGUACCGCCGAAGCCAGUGAAGACGAGCCAAAGCGAAAGCGGCGCCGCCUUCAUGGCGUGCAGGGCGUUCACGCCAACGACAUGUCCCUCAUCACUCCCGAGAACGUCGCCACGCGCGGAGGCUGGCGCGUCACCCCGACCGGUCGACUCAUCCGUCCCAUGCGCAUGCGGCCCGACCACCCCCUCCCCGACCCUCUUGACGUCGCGAAGAUCGAGAGGGAGAGGGAGAGGGUGCGGGAAAAGGGUGGCAAGGAGAAGAAACGGGUGCGUGUGCGCGAUCCGCCUGAACGCGCGAGAAGGAGGACGAUCGACCCGACUCGAUGGGGCUCUCAACAUUUGACCGGGAUCUUCUUGGAGAACGCCGCGGCCCUCCCUUUUCCCCAAUCUACGCGCGAAGUCCCUCGCCCCCCCUCGACGGACAGUGAAGACGACGAAGAUGAAGCGGAUCAAUUGCUCGUGCAAGACGAGGAAGCGGAAGAGGACGAAGAAGAGGAUGAGCGCGACGGCGAAACGAGCGGAGAGAAUGUGGAAAUGGCUCCUGCUAUAGCGCCUCCUGCACCCAAGACCAAGCCAUUUCCGCCGAAGCCUACUUGCACGUCGACGGAACCUACGGAGUCCAAAAGCGAGCUAGCUGCCGAGACUUCGCAGAGUCUCGGUUUGCUCCAAGCCAUGUUCGGUGAUGAGGAUGAUUGGGGAGGUGCUGAGAGCGUUGGAUCAGACGUGGAUGAAGAAAAUAUUCGCGCAGCUGCGGUGGCUUCUACGAUUGAAGAGCUUGACGCCGCAACCAUGGACGUCGAUGUCCCGGCAGAAGAACCGGAAGCACUGCCGACGAAACCUGCAAUCUCUGCAGCGGUCUCGCAGAAGAAAAAGCUGAAGGACCUCUUUGCUCCGCGCGAGGAUGAACCUGGCUUCUCGCUGUUGGGUCACCUCGAUCUGGACCUCGAGCUUGACGACGACGUGCCGUUUGAUACCUCCGUUCCCGUGGCUCCUCCAACUGUCGCGAUUACUCGGUCAAUGAUCGCCCAGCCAGUCCACACGUCCCAAAUGACGUUCUUUGAUGCAUCACGGCCCUUCUUUUUCCCCACCUCGCAAGCAGGACUGAGAAGAAGCGCGCUGGACCCCACCCACUGGCGUACGUGGUUUUACCGCACGGACACGCCUGAGGUUAUCAAGACGCGUUGGGAGGAGACGAAGGGCGAGCUUACUGCUGGGUGGAAGCGGCGGCACCGGGAGGCGGUCAAGAGCAAACGGAGAAGAGGAGGAGGUGGGGAUGCAGAAUGA